CCCAUCGGGAAAGGGAGCGACCCGCUGCCCGAGCGCCUUCUUCCCAUCCCCGUCCUCCCGGCACCCAGGGCGGGCAGGCUGGAUUACAAUGACCGCUGCAGCCACCCCCGGCGGCACCCACAAGCUCGCCAGCACCAAGGAGGAGAGGAAGUUAAGGAAACCCCUCAUCGAGCGGAAGCGAAGGGAAAGGAUUAACAACUGCUUGGACCAGCUGAAGGAGACCGUUGUUGGCGCGUUUCAUCUGGAUCAGUCUAAACUGGAAAAAGCAGACAUCCUCGAAAUGACGGUAAAGCACCUCCAGAACAUCCAGAGCAGCAAGUUGAUGGCCGACUCCAAAGUGGGUCUGGAAGCCCAGCAGAGGUACAGCACCGGGUACAUCCAGUGCAUGCAUGAGGUGCACAACCUCCUCCUCACCUGCGAGUGGAUGGACAAGACCCUCGGGGCGCGCCUGUUAAACCACCUGCUGAAAUCCUUACCCAGGUCCGGCGAAGACACCUGCAAAGCGGCACCGAGGUCUUCGAGCCCAUCUCAGCAGCCUCUCCUGACACCAAAAAGCCCCCCGAGCCCAAAGGGGAGCACUCGGGGCACAGACCCGUCGCAGGAGCGCUUCUACCCCGCAGAGAACAAGCAGGCUUCGAAAAGUUCCUUCCAGCUGCCGUCGCUGUCGGUUUUCAGCCAGGUUGAUGCCGCACCUCCCAGACAGGUCCUGCAGCCAAAUUUUUCCCAUAACAACCCUAGAAUGGGGUCAUUAGAUAUGUGGAGACCGUGGUGAAGUGUGUUUUAAAAUGUUUAUCCUAACCUUAGACACUCUUACGUAUGUAUCUUAUAGAUAUGUUUCUUUAAAACACUUGUGGAGCAAGUCUGUUCCUGUAGGUGUACUAAAGACCAGGGUACUUCAAGCCGAAGUAAACCUAUGUGUAGCCUGCAUUGUAGAAGGCUGCUAUUAUUUUUUAUUUAUUUAAUACAUCUAAAUUAUUGUAUAGAAUCCUCUCAUGUUCUUUAGUGUAUAUUAAUUAUAUAGCUUUCUUGUCUUACAUUCUUAAAAUAAUUAACUUCCUAUUAAUAAAAUACAAGACAGCAAGCAAUGACCCUCUCUGGCAUCAAGCUUACCUCUCGGAUCUCACGUAAGCCACUGAGAUCACUUCAUUGGAUAAAGGGGUAAAUGGCCGAUCUCUUCUGCUUUUUAUUAUUAUUUUUAUUAGGUCUGCGCAGCUGUAGGAGAUUCCGGUUCUGAUUCCUGUAAAAAUGCUGCAGUGAUUAGAAAAAAAGAGAGAAAGGGAGAGACUUGGUUUGGACUUUUUAGGCUGUUUAGAAGUGCUCUCUGGACUGCUCACUCUGGCUGUGGCUGUUUCCAGCCACCUGGACAUCCUGACAUUACUGUUAAGCUAGUGAGCUACGUGUGUGUGUGUAUAUAUGUGUAUAUAUAUAUACACACAUAUGUUACAUAUAGUUAUAUUUAGGGAUUUUUUUGUUUGUUUUCAUAACUGAAAGUUCUAAAUAAACUUUUGGAAGAUAACAACUGAUAUUUCUCCCAGCCUUGUCCUGUCUGCUCUGAAUAAACAGUACUUGGGGA